AUGGAACCCAAAAAUGAAAAAUGGGAACGCAACACCUGGUGCGCAAAGCAUGUCACUGGGAUUAUAGCCAGCUCCCCCGACAUGAUCCAGAUCACCCAGAUCACGAGUCAGCGAUUGAACUCAGAGAAGAAGCCCUUCAGGGCAAUGAUCCAUCGAGAGCUAUCAUGCUACUUCUCGCCCUACUACACUGCAGCUCUGGAAGGAGAGUUCUCUGAAGCACAAAAGGACACAAUCACCGUCAAUCUCGAUCACGAUACAGCAAAGGAUCUCGUUUUCUGGCUAUACUCUGGUCAAAUAAUCAGCGAUAUCUCCACAUAUCUCUUCGAUCUCUACGUAUUUGCCGACGAGAAGGACAUGCUCGCUCUACGAAGAUCGGUUAUGCCGAAAAUCGUACACUGCUGCAGUGCACUCAACGAGGAAGAUGACUACAUUUAUCUGGCCUCCACGACAUGCUUCCGUAGUUGUUUCGUCUACCGAAUGGUGGGCGAUGUCAGAUUCGAAGAACAGGAAGACUUCAAGCGCAUCCCUAAAGAGUUCUACUAG